GGCACAACCGUAAAACGCAGCAACAAACUUUGUUUCAUACUUCCUUUUUCCACUUCCAUUUUUGCUUCAAAUGCUACACAGUCGGAAGCAACCGUUCUGCUGAUAAUCCAAAAAUUUCUGCUCACUCCCAAAUGCCCAACCGAAUGACCUUAUUCGGAAACCCUAGCUUGAAUCGUAUCUGAAUUUGGACUAGCUAAUCUGUAAUCUCCUCGAUGAAAAUGGACUAGCUAACCUCUUUACAUGGCAAAUCCUCAUACAUUGGCGGCUAGCCCGAGUAAUCUCUACCUGUGCAUAGAAAGAAGCAACAGGUUUAUGUGCUGGGACGCCGUUGGUGCUCUAUCCAAAGCAAGAGGCCACGGGAAGAAGAAGAAAUUCGUGCUUAGAGAGGAUCUCAGUGGGUGCGGAAAGAGGGUUUCUCCGGCGGGGCAGUCGUGGAGGUUGUGUGCUGCGGCGGAGCUUCAUGUUGUUCAGGAGAACUCCGGCAAAAGUAUUAGUGUGCAGAAGCAGGUGUUGUUUAUUGAAAUUCCCGUCACGUGCUACCAGAUCAUCGGUAUCCAUGAUCAAGCAGAGAAAGAUGAGAUCGUUAAGUCAGUGAUGCAUCUAAAAAAUGCAGAGAUUGAAGAGGGAUACACCAAAGAUGCUGUUAUAUCUCGCCAGGAUCUUCUAGUGGAUGUGAGAGAUAAACUUCUUUUUGAGCCAGAAUAUGCUGGAAAUUUCAAAGAUAAGCAGCCUCCUAAAUCUUCUCUUAAAAUUCCUUGGGCUUGGUUGCCUGGUGCUCUCUGUCUUCUUCAGGAGGUUGGAAAUGAGAAGCUUGUGUUAGAAAUUGGUCGAAAAGCACUUCAACAUCCAGAAUCAAAGCCAUUUGUUCAUGAUUUGCUUUUAUCCAUGGCACUUGCAGAGUGUGCAAUUGCUAAAUGUGGCUUUGAGAAGAACAAUAUUGCUCUUGGAUUUGAAGCCCUUGCUCGUGCUCAAUGUCUUCUCCGCAGCAAAGGUUCUCUAGGGAAGGUGACACUGCUGUCACAGAUAGAAGAAUCGUUGGAAGAGCUUGCUCCAGCCUGUACUUUGGACCUUUUAGGAAUACCUCAUACGCCUGAAAAUGCUGAACGAAGACUUGGAGCAAUUGCAGCUCUGCGUGAAUUGUUGAGACAAGGCCUGGAUGUUGAAACUUCGUGUCAAGUUGAAGACUGGCCUUGCUUUCUGAGUCAAGCACUCAGAAAGCUUAUGGCUACUGAAAUAGUCGAACUCAUAUCAUGGGAUACUUUAGCUCUUACAAGGAAAAAUAGAAAGUCGCUUGAGUCGCAGAAUCAGAGGGUUGUCAUUGAUUUCAAUAGCUUCUAUGUGGUUUUGUUAGCUCAUAUUGCCCUUGGAUUUUCAAGCAAGCAAACUGAGCUGAUUACCAAGGCAAAAUCGAUCUGUGAGUGCUUAACUGCAUCAGAAGGCAUUGAUUUAAAAUUUGAGGAGGCCUUCUGUUCAUUUCUUCUCGGGCAGGGUGAUGAAACAACAGCAACAGAAAGACUGAGGCAACUUGAAUUGGAUUCCAGUGCCAGUUCACAAAAGUCUCACACUGUGAAGGAAUGCAGAGAAGCUUCUAGUUCUAACAAACCACUUGAAACAUGGGUGAAAGAAGCUGCCCUUGGCUUAUUCCCAGAUACCAGAGACUGUUCCCCAUCUCUGGCUGAAUUCUUUAUUGCUGAAAAAAGAGCUUCUGGCAAGAGGCUGAAUAAAAAAUCCCCACCAGCUUUAUUUAACAUGAGGGCCAGAUCAAUUGCUGGUACCAUUCCACUGGAUCAAAGAAAUGAAGAACCAUUUUCAAUCACAGAAUCUUCGCGACAUCUUGGACCAGCUGUCAAGCAAUUGGCUCCUCCUAAUUUGCAAAGUCCACUAAUAGAGAGCAAGGUCGUUGCCGGAACCAAUGUUGUUUCACCAUCUAUUCAGUUGAAACGAACUUUAGGUUCAAAGCAGUGUGACGUCUGGAAAACUUGGUUGAGCUUUCGGCACGUGGUUGGAAAGAUGAUUUAUGCUACAGCACUAGGCUGCAUCUUGGUUGUUCUGUUUAAGCUAGUGAACGUGAAAAUGUGGAUACCACGAAAUGGAUCCAGAUGGAGAAUGGAUGGACAAAGUUCUCCUGUGGGCUUCAGAUACCCUGAUGCAAAACUUAAGCAAAGUGGUAUUUCAAGAAACAUCAGGAAAGUCCUUUCGCUUCUGAAAAAUCAGUCGGGAGAGCAACCAGAAUCUGCAGUUCUGCAAACAGCUUCCCUAUCUUCUGGUCUUUCUUCUUCAAUAACGUAUAAGCAGCCAAUGCCUGUCGAAGAUGCUGAGUCCCUUGUCAAGCAAUGGCAAACAAUUAAAGCAGAGGCACUUGGGCCUAAUCACUAUAUUGUUGGGCUGGUUGAUAUACUAGAAGGAUCAAUGCUUGUUCAGUGGCAAGAAUUGGCCAAUGCAGCAAAGGCAAGGUCGUGCUUUUGGAGGUUUGUUCUGCUGCAGUUGACAAUUCUGAACGCAAACAUUUUGAAAGAUGCGAUUGGAAAUGAAAUGGCGGAGAUCGAAGUUUUGUUGAAGGAAGCAGCUGAACUGGUUGGUGAAUCCCAACCUAAAAACCCAACUUACUACAGCCCUUAUAAAAUUCGUUAUCUUCUCAAGAGGCAAGAUGAUGGAUCAUGGAGGUUCUCUGAUGGUGAUAUCCUAGAUCCCUCGUGAUCUCCGAUCAAAAGCCUAAUUGCCGACUUUCCUAUUUACUUUUACUUGUAUAUGGUAUUCCAAAGCUAACUACUGAGAGUUCCAAUUGAAGAGUAGAAAUCCAUCACCAUGGUUCCCCCCAAUUCUCACUGCCCGUAUUUGAUAUCCACGGGCAGCUGUUUAUCUGGUAGAACUAGCUAGGAUAUUCCAUUUAUUUGUUUUUGUUUCUUACAUACAUCAGUAUAUACUAGCAGGGAUGGCAUUCUUUGUUAUAUGGCUUUACUUCCUGCAAAUCUUCAGGGUAUAUGUGGCAUUGUCUGUUAAUUAUCUCGGUAUGUAGCACACUCAAAAGUCAAUGCGAUUGUUAAUGGGAAGUCGAUUCAACAUUCCAAAUUCAUUAUUCAAUAUUGAUUUGUUUUGAUUUGAUGAUACUCUAAAGUCAAUUUUAACGAUUUUGCUUGAUGUGCG